ACCGGCGGCGCGCGGAAGCACUGGGCCCCGAGUCCCGGGCCCGCGGGCCUUUGGGCUGGGCGCUAUGGACGCUUUCACACGCUUCACCAACCAGACCCAGGGCCGGGACCGACUCUUCAGAGCUACUCAGUACACAUGCAUGUUGCUUAGAUAUUUGUUAGAGCCUAAAGCUGGCAAAGAGAAGGUGGUAAUGAAGCUCAAGAAACUGGAGUCCAGUGUGAGCACUGGCCGUAAAUGGUUCAGACUGGGCAACGUGGUACACGCUGUGCAGGCAACUCAGCAGAGCAUUCACGCCGCUGACCUGGUGCCCCGUUUUUGCCUAACGCUAGCCAACCUGAACCGUGUGAUUUAUUUCAUCUGUGACACCGUCCUCUGGGUGAGGAGCGUGGGGCUCGCCUCUGGCGUUAACAAAGAGAAAUGGCAAAUGUGGGCUGCCCGCCAUUACUGCUGUUCUGUCCUGCUGAGCCUGCUCAGGGACCUGUAUGAAAUCUCCCUGCAGAUGGAACAGGUUGCACAGGACAGGGCAAAGAGGGAGGAAUCAUCAUCCCAGGUUCCUCUGGGGUACAGCGUGGCUGAUGAGGAAACAGAGUGGCUGCAGUCCUUUCUCCUUCUCCUGUUCCGGUCUCUGAAGAAGCAUCCUCCCUUGCUCCUGGACACGGUGAAGAACGUCUGUGACGUCCUGAACCCUCUGGACCAGCUGGGGAUCUAUAAGUCUAAUCCUGGCCUCAUUGGCCUUGGAGGUCUCGUGUCCUCUAUAGCAGGCAUCAUCACGGUGGCAUAUCCGCAGAUGAAGCUGAAGACCCACUGAGGUGGUUUCAGGCUGACGACUGGGACCUGCUUUAACCGGUGACCUCUUAGCGGAAUGGACGUUUGCAUUAGGCACAGGCCGUGUCGCACUGUGCUUAACGACUUGUUCACGUGAGCGUUUAGUGACCUGCGAAGUGAGCAGAGGUGGGGCCAAGAAUGGAUAAGGGGAGAGCAUGAAGAUUUAUGUAUGUUAUUUCAAGGGCUGGAGUGUCUUCUGAAUUUCUGAGUAUUUUCCCUUCAUGUAACAUCUAUUGAUCAUCUCUUAUGCACUUAGUGUUUGCUGAAUGAAUAAAAGUUGAAAGAAAAAAAUUGAAAAAGGCCCAGACUAACAAGUGAGCACUAAUGUGCAGUGACUUUUGGGCUGUGUGCCUCACUGCUUUUGCACGAAUCCAGUAGGUCUGAUGCACAGCCGUCUCUCAGAUCCGGUCGAGGCCCCUUAUUCCUCUGAUCAGUUACCUGCCUUCCUCCGUAGAUGCCAGUGCCGGGCUGGAGGGGAGUUGGGCUUGUAGCCUCUGAAAUUGCUGGCCCUUCCAUCACUGCACUCCUGUCCUUCUGUCCAGAAGUAGAAUCUGAAGCAGAUAGAAAGGACUUGCGGUAAAAAUAAUGUGGAAGGUCACAACAGGUGCCUCUGGUUAGCCUGUGACAGAUGAGGAAGCUAACGUUAAAAAAACAGGCCAGAACCUCAUUCCUCUAACUCCCAACCCAGUGGUCUCUGCAUGGUAUUUCCUGCUCGCGUGGCAUUGUGAGACUCCCCAGAAUCCUGUGCGAAAAGCCUUUUUUAGAACCUUUGUCAGUCAGUGGUUUGUAUUCUGUUCUACAAAAGUUAAGACUAUACCUAGACGUAUCAGCUAGAUUGUUUUAUUUAAAGCCAUAUAACAGUUUGGGCAUUUCUACAUUAAGUUUCAUAAAAAUUUAUGCAGUUAAAAAAUUUGAUGGGCACUCUCAAUGUAGGAGGGUCAGAAUUUUCUAUGAUAAAUCAAACUUCCUGUGUGUGGAUGGGUUGGGGGGGUGGACAGGGGCAGUAAGGGGCCAGUGAAGAGGACAGUCACUCACUGUGCUCCUCCUUCCCGUCUUGGGUGUUGGGUUCUUAUUUGUGAUUACAGAUCCUCUAAUUUGAGGGAAGUCAAGCAGAGAAAUUGGAUACCAUCGGGUCGGAGGCAUACGUCAGCCCUCCCGGUAAAGCCAUCUCAUGUGUCUGAGUGGAAAUGAGAAAAGAAACGUGCACUAAAUAAAUUUCCCGUAAAUGUCAUUGAGACUCAGGUCCUUGGCUCUCUAUUUUUAAAGUGAUCCAUCAAGACACGGUUUUUGAGAAAGAACAUCUUGAGGAUUUUAAGAGAAAUGAAAGCUGCUAGAUCAGGGUAAAUAGAAAGUUUUAAUAACUAUUUUUACUUUGUCCAGAUCCUGUACUGUAGUAGAUUAAUUAUGUCUAAUAAAUUUCUAGACAAAAUUGA